GCGCUAGUUUUCGAUAUGAGAGAACAAUGGCUUCCUCCUUGAUUAAGUGUUUAAGAGGAUUGUAUGUUUUUUUCUUAGCAUGUCUCCUGUCCGUAUCGGCUUUUUUGAAUUUAGAAGAAUUAAAUGAAAUGAAAUAUGGAAUACAGAUUCUGCCCGAUCCUGUUAUUAUGGGGCAGUUGGAAGAUGUGAUGUUGGUUUCUAACAAAUACAAGCAGCUGUAUGAGUGUCGGUUGCCUGCUCAGGCAGUGCGCUUCCAUCAGGACCCGAUGUCAGAGCCUGACGUGAAGGGCUACAGCGGCCCAGGAGUCCCUGAGCUUCUCAUGCCCAUGCAGACUGCAACCUGCUUGGUUAAGACCAAAGACUGGUGGACAUAUGAGUUCUGCUACGGCCAGCACAUUAGGCAGUACCACUUAGAAGAUUCAGAGAUCAAGGGAGAUGUCCUCUUUUUGGGAUAUUAUGAUUCUGAGUUUGACUGGACCAAUGAAACUGCCAAGGCCUCUAAGCAGCAUAAGCUUAAAAGGUAUCACAGUCAGUCAUAUGUCAAUGGCUCCAAAUGUGACCUGAACGGCAACCCCAGAGAGACAGAAGUCAGAUUUGUGUGCGAGGAGGGCUCAAGUGAUUUUAUUGUACGGGUGGAUGAACCUCAGUCCUGUCACUACGUCUUGACAGUGCAUACAUCUCGCACAUGCCAGCACCCGCUCCUGCGCCCAACUUCCACUGCAAAGCCACAAGGCAUUGUGUGCCAACCUGCUCUAAAUGCCCAGCAGUACAUGGACUAUGUGAAGUCCCAAGUCUCUGACACUAAACUUAAAGUGGAGCAGAUCUCAGAGGAGCUCAGGAACCUAGAUGAAAUUCUGUCAAAAGAUGACAAGCACAAGGAAUUGCAGGAUGAUAAAAUGAAUGAAGAUACUGCAGUCCCUUCAGAUGAGACAACAAUUCCAGGGUCAGAGACCAAAGAGGCUGAGGGGGAAUCGGUGAGUGAAGAGGCAGAGAACAAGGACUUCUGGGAGGGUGUUACCAAACCAGCCAGCACAGAGUCAAGCACACCCGACACCGAGAGCCCUCAGGAGCCUCAGGACAGUAAAUUGCACAAGAAUGACAUACUUGGGGAAGAAAAGUUUAAUUUCAAAAUCAUCACUGAUCCGGCAGACCUGAUGAAGUUUGUACAACACCUCAAAGAGAGUAAUCAAAAGAACAGGAAUGCCGAGCUUGAAAAUGAGAGCCAGAAAUCAUCUCAGAAGAGAGAGGAGGAGGAAAAAGAAGAGGGCACAGCAGGGAGGGAAGUGGAGGUGGAGAUAAAGGAAGGGGAUGAGGAUGAGAGAUUACUGCAGGAGUUUGAGGAUGAGGUGGCAGAUCUGUCUGUUCCCCCCUCUAAGAUAGGAGAGAUAAAAGAAGAGAUGCAGAAAGAGUUUGACAACAUCAUAGAGGAAGCUCAGGAGGAGUUAGAGAACGAAGGUCUUAAGGGAGAGUAUGAUCACUCUCAGGCUACGCAAACUCUAGAGAACACACUCGGAAAACUUCUGGACCGUCUUGAAGACAAGACAGGACAUGAAAGUGAACCAGAAACGGAAGAAAAUACAGAAAUGUAUAAAAACACACACACUCCACAUAAGAAAGAGGGAGGCCCUUCACCUGGCAGCCCAAACUUGGUUCCUAAAACACCAGCGGGCAGCGGUGGCGAGCAGGUUAAAGUCAGGGUGACCAAGUAUAAUGUGGGCGGAGGUGUGGCUACAGGAGCGGUUGCCGGGGGCAACUAUGAUGAGGGGGGUGUGAAGGUGAAGGAACUGGGCGAGGGUGACCCCCAGUGGCAGCAGAUUCAGGAAGUGGUCAAAGAACAGCUAGAGAGAGCUGGCAUCAAGGCCGAAGGAAAGAUCGAAGUGAAGAUAUUAACCCAUAAAACAGCAGAGGAAGCAGGAGACCAGUGGCUCUCUGAGGAGGAUACAAAAUCAUUUAGAGAGCUUCUCAUCAACCUUUUGACGGGAGGCACAGAGGAGGUACAUAAAGAGCAGAAGAGACAGCAAGAGUUGGAGAAUAACUACAGAUUUGUGUGGGGAGAGAAACAGGAAGACACCCAAUCCACAGGAAACAGUGAUUCUGAUGAAACAGACUUUUGAGCCCUCUCUUGCUUUUGACUUGGGACAAAGAGACAGCCAUUGUGUUUUUUUUUUUUUUUUUAACUCUGCGCUAAGAGCUGUUGGGCCCCUGAUUGUAUUCUUUUAGUUAUUGUUAUUUUGGUUAAUGUUGCAUCCCCACCAAACUGCUUUCUUGGACGUUUCAGUCAUGAGAACUCUCAGAGUGGUUCAACCCUUUGCCAAGAACAUUGAUUAUCCUUUGAACACCUGUGAGUUGUUUAUGUCCUGACUAUUUCCAUUUUAUUUUUCUUAACGAAUAUAAAAAUUACUUUCAUUUGGUGUAGAUAUUUAAUAUUCAUGUUUCAGAUAUGUUGGGGAACCUGUCGCUACUCCCUAAACAUAAACGUGUGUGGGUGUGAAAGGAAAACGGUGCUUUUUAUGUUCAAACACUUUACAAUAAGGCUCUAUUUGUUAACAUGAACUAACAAUGAACAACUUUUACAGCAUUUAUUAAUCUUUUGGUUAAUGUUAAUUAGAACACACAUUAAUGUACUAUGAACUAAAAAUUAAUAAUUGCAUAACAAUAAUAAAGAUUAAUAAAUGCUGUAAAUAAUAUAUUGUUCUUUGUUAGUGAAUGAAACCAUUAACUUAUGUUAACAAAUGGAACAUAUUGUAAAAUGUUACCUAUGUCCAUUUUACACAGGAUAUGAAACAGACUUGCCUCCAAUGAUAGGAGUGAUUUAAGGCAGGCAUAGUAUGGCAGUACUAUCACCUGUCAUCCUAAUGUAAAUUAAAGCAGUGAUAGGAAAUAAAUGAUUUGACACCAUUUACUUUCUGGCAUUUUAAAUUAUUUAAUUUGGAUUUCCAGUGAACAUCUUUUCUGCUGUGCAUUUUUUUUGUUAGCAGAACAUUUUGGGCCCUGCGAUGGACUGGCGACCUGUCCAGGGUGUCCCCCGCCUUUCGCCCAAUGUUAGCUGGGAUAGGCUCCAGCCCCCCGCGACCCUGUACACAGGAUAAGCGGUUGACGAUGGAUGGAUGGAUGGAUGGAUGGAACAUUUUGGCCACUUUGGAGACUAAUUUCUCUUGCAAACACAAUUCCAUAUGAUGGCAAAUAGUGAGCCUAGCCCUGGGGCCUGUACCAUGAUGGUAGUUGAACUAACUCGGGGUUACAGGAUUGGUUUUGAGUCGACAAAACCAAACCGAUGCAAUCAGGCUUUAUUGGUACCAUGACGCAGCUCAUCAACUUUCUCUGUCAACUCAGGCUUUGAUCCUUAAGCUAUGAUUACUCCACACGCGCGUGCACAUAAAAGAAUGACGUCGACACUGAACAACCAAUCGCGUUCGAUAUGGAUAGAGCGAGAGCUAUAUAUUUUUCCGCGCAGGAGCAACAGAUUAUUAUUCAGAAAUAUGAAUAGUGUUUUUCAAGCACGCAGUAACACUGUAUCUGCUGCCAAAGCAAGAGAACAAUCUUGGAGGAAGAUUGUUGAUUGCGUUAAUGCAUAGGCUAAGUUAAACAAUUAAUGUAAAUUUAUGUAGGAUAAUCAUAUUAAAAAUUUAUUAAAUGCUAAAAUUAAAAUGUGUAUUCGUGCUGAUAUAUACAUGCAUACAUAAGUGUGUGUGUGUGUAGAUGUAUGUAAAGUGUGAAUGUAUAGGCUAUUACAUCCUAAGAAAGAUUGAUAUUCAUUGAUUUUUAGAUGCAACCCCAACUCCAAACGUUCUUGGCAGCAGAUCAAAACAAAAUAUAAAAAUAUAAUUCAAAGUGGUGAGUAUUUACCAAAACCUUUUAUUACUUUUGUGAACAUUUAAUCACAAACACUUGUUUGCAGCAAACAGAAAAAAGUGUGACAUAAGGAAAACUGGGGGAGGGCCACCUCCUCCAGAAUACACUGGCGGAGGAGUUGGCACUGAGUAACAACAAGGGGCGGCCGAUUAUCGAUGGGAUUGCAAGUGCUGUACAGUCUGACCCUGGUGCUGGCUCUAAGCAAGUGACACUGGUAGAGGGAAAUACAGUGUCCCUGUUGAAGCCAGCACACAUGCACACAGUCUCCUGCACAGAGGGUGAACCAAAUGAUGAAGACACUCUGUCUGUGUCUUCAGAGACAGUUGCUGAGGAUUUUUCACAACCUGCCCCAGAAACUGAAGCCUCUACCUCAAUGGGCUUCAGAAGGAAUGUGAACAAGGUAAUGCUUUAAACCCUUAAUUACAGUGGAAACAGACUCAGUCAGGGCCCUUUACAAAAGGAGUCUAGAACUAGACUGUUCACUGAAGGAGCUGGACUGUGAGCUGAGGAGGCUCCAAAUUAAAAAAAUUAAAUUGGAGAUCAAACAGCUGGAAAAAACAGAUCUCACCACAUGACCAAUAAAACAGUUUGAGACCUAUCAGCAGUGUCAGUGUGC